UUUUUGAUUAUAGGCGCAAAUUUCAAUUUCUCCUGCAACCGCCAUUUGCUAAGGAUAAAAAUUACACAAAGGAUAAAAGUUAGCAUAUAAAUAUUACUAAUUUAUGUUAUAAAAAUAAAAAAGAGUCAUAGAAAAAUGUCUCAAUUCAAUUUUUUGAAUGAAAUGACCAGUGCAUUAACAUUGGAUGGUGAAAUCUCACGGGGACCUGUACCCAGGUGGCAAAAAAAAUUGGAAGCCUCUGCCAUGGCUAACAGCCUUAACGGAAGCAUAAAUGCAUCUCGAUCGGUGUUGUCCAUGUCAUAUAAUAGCAGUUUUUCUGGUGUGAACCCUCCUAUGAAGACGCCAAGAAAAGUUGGUGGUGAUGCGAAAUGUAAGAAAACACCAACACCCAGUAAAGGAGCGAAGACUCCGAGUGGUGGUGAUCGCUUCAUUCCAAAUCGUGGCACAAGCAAUUUCGAACUAGGCCAUUAUCUCAUCAAACAAGAACAGGAAAAAUCCGAAAAUGAUGAUAAUGACAAUAGCAAUAACGCUAACAAAAAGUCCCCAUCAAAGGUGGAACGUCAAAAGCUUAUAUCUGAUUCACUACAAGUUGGUGACCCGAAAAGCGCAAGAAUUUUAUGCUACCAAAAUAAAGCACCUGCUGCGCCAGAAUCUCAUCAAAAUCCCUUGAAGGUUGUUUAUUCAAUAAACACACCUUUAUCGACUAAAAGUGGUUCUCGUUACAUACCAACAACAUCAGAUCGUAUACUUGAUGCGCCUGAUAUAAUAAACGACUACUACUUGAAUUUAAUGGAUUGGAGUGCCGACAACAUUGUAACAGUUGCUUUAGGUAAUGCCGUCUAUUUAUGGAAUGCAGCAACAGGCAAUAUAGAACAACUGGUGGAAUAUGAAGAAGGUGAUCAUGCAUGUGCCCUAUCCUGGAUCCAAGAUGGUCAGAUAUUGGCAAUAGGAAAUAAUACUGGUGCUGUAGAGUUAUGGGAUUGUUCGAAAAUUAAACGUCUACGUGUAAUGGACGGCCACUCGGCAAGAGUAGGUACUUUAGCGUGGAAUUCAUUUUUGGUCUCAUCAGGAAGUCGUGAUGGAAGUAUCGUACAUCACGACGUACGGGCACGUGAACACAAGGUCGCUACACUCAACGGGCACACACAAGAAGUGUGCGGUCUCAAAUGGUCGACGGAUUUUAAACAUCUUGCCAGUGGUGGCAAUGAUAACUUGGUAAACGUGUGGUCAGCUGUAAGUGGAGGCACAGGGAGCGCUACCGAACCUUUACACGUGCUCAAUGAACAUCAAGCGGCGGUGCGUGCACUGGCAUGGUGUCCAUGGCAGCCAAACCUUUUGGCCAGUGGCGGCGGGACUGCUGACCGUUGUAUUAAAUUCUGGAAUGUUAGUAAUGGUUCUCUAGUCAAUUCAGUUGACACUAAAUCACAAGUGUGUGCACUUUUAUGGUCUCGUAAUUAUAAAGAGUUGAUUUCUGCUCAUGGUUUUGCACAUAAUCAACUGACAAUUUGGAAAUAUCCUUCAAUGAUAAAACAGGCGGAAUUAACCGGACACACUUCUCGGGUAUUACAAAUGGCAAUGUCACCAGAUGGUAGCACAGUAAUUAGUGCAGGCGCAGAUGAAACAUUGCGUUUGUGGAAUUGUUUUGCCCCAGAUCCACAUGCGGCGAAGAAGGCAACAGCAGGAGCAAGCAAGGCUAAACAAAGUGUUUUCAGACAAAGCAUACGAUAAAAUUGAGAUGAUGACAAUACUUAUGGUGUAGUAAGAUUCACAACAAUUAGGAAAUUAUAAUAAAGUAUUUAAAAAUUAUAAGCUUUGAUAAGUAUGCAGCGACGGUUAUGUUAACAGUUUAUCAUUAAAAUCUAUUUAAUAUUUUAUUUACGUUUAAAUGUGUGUAAUGUUAACACCUCCAGUUGAUACUAUUGUAUUGUAUGAGAGAAAUAUAUGUAUAGUAUGCAAAAU